AUGCACUUCUGUCCAUCAUGCGGCAACAUUCUGCUCAUAGAGCCUGAUUCGGAUGGCAUGCGCUUCUUUUGCCAGACAUGCCCAUAUUUGUUUCAGAUUAAUGAUAAAAUAGAAAAAAAGGUGCCAUUACAGCGUAAACAGGUAGAUGAUGUGCUUGGCGGUGAUGAAGCCUGGGAGAACGUUGAUCAGACUGAGACACGCUGCCCACAUUGCGAGUUCAACAAGGCGUACUUUAUGCAGAUUCAGAUUCGGUCAGCUGAUGAACCAUCGACGACUUUUUAUAAGUGUGUGCAGUGUAAAAAACAGUGGAACGAUUAA